CACCCUCUCAACAAGUCGGCCGGUCACUCCUUGAUCCUACAUCUCUGCGCCGUUUCUUCAAUCCAUUGUUAUAUUUCUUUCCUUUGUUUUCAACUAUAGGGGUUUUCGGAAGGGGACGCACCGUUAUGAUGGCGUUCCAGGCUUCUGCCUUGCCGAGCGUCGCGGCGGCUACGACGGAGCUAUGGCCGUCGAUGGUUAAUGUGAUGGGUGCGCCGUUGCGGAGUGCCGGGUCGAGGACACAGUCUAGGCCUUCGCAGCGGUCGGAAGUACAGCCUCCAGCGGCGACGGUUAUACAACCAUCGAAACCUGUCCUCCCCGAGUGUCUCCAGACCGCCCGCGGCCUGACCUCCUCCCUCAGCGAAUACCGAAAUGCGACCCUCACCCCCUUCACCGCUCGCGACACCCUCUCCCCAAUGCGCCGCGGCACCCUCGCCGCCGCCAACCCCCUCGCCCGCCGUCUCCCCGCCUCAUUCUCCACAUCCAGAUCCAUUACCAGCAUCACCGCCUUCCGCCUCUCCCAGCCACGCACACCCUUCACGCGCAUCCUGAAGCCGCAACAGCGCACCGUCUUCGGCGCCAACACCUCGCGGAACUUGCUCGCGCAUAUGGAGGAGGUGGCGAACAAGAACCCCAAUAGCGCGACGGCGCAGAAUGCGUUUUACCAGGCGCUGCUGCGCGCGAAUAUGGGCGCGAUUGUGGUGGAGAGGUAUCAGAAUGGGCAUUUUGCAUCUAACAAUGCGUGCGAGGCUGCGUAUCAGAAGGCGCUUUCGGGACUUGGUGGUGGAGGCGGCGGUGCGGGGUUUGGUAAUGAAAUGGCAGGGGGGUUUGGGGGGAUGGCGAAUAAUGGCGGGGGCGGGUUGAAUAAUUCGCAGCUCCAGGCUAUUGGACAGGCUGUUGCGGCGUCGUCGAGGGGGGGGAAUGUGGCGGUUUCGAGGGGGAGGGAUGGGGCGGGAAAUGGUGCGAAGGAGAGCCCGCUUUAUGUUGUUGUUGAGGAGACGAUUGGGAGUGUGAUCUUUAAGUGGGUGAAGCUUGCGCUUUACUUCGCGUUGUUCACUUACGUCUGCUUUGCGCUCCUCACGGUGCUGAUUGAGUCGGUGGGGAUAUUCAAGAAGGUCGGCAAUGCGAAGGCGGAUAAUGAGGCCAAGGCUGAGCAUCAGAAAGUCCGCUUCUCUGAUGUUCACGGCUGCGACGAGGCGAAGGAGGAGCUUCAGGAGCUUGUGGAUUUCCUCAAGAACCCCGGAAAAUUCUCGACUCUUGGUGGCAAGCUCCCCAAGGGUGUUCUCCUCGUCGGUCCUCCCGGUACCGGAAAGACCCUCCUCGCUCGCGCAGUAGCCGGCGAGGCAGGCGUCCCCUUCUUCUUCAUGUCCGGCAGCGAAUUCGAUGAGAUCUACGUCGGCGUCGGCGCCAAGCGCGUCCGCGAGCUCUUCGCAGGCGCUAAAGCAAAGUCCCCCGCUAUCAUCUUCAUCGACGAGCUCGACGCCAUAGGCGGCAAGCGCAGCGCCCGCGACGCCUCGUACGCUAAGCAGACGCUCAACCAACUCCUCACCGAACUUGAUGGCUUCGAGCAGAACAGCGGCGUCAUCAUCCUCGCCGCCACCAAUUUCCCUGAGACCCUCGACAAGGCGCUCACGCGCCCGGGUCGCUUCGACCGCAACGUUGUCGUUGGCUUGCCUGAUGUCCGCGGAAGAAUGGCAAUCCUCAAGCACCACAUGACCAACGUCAUCAGCGGCACCGACGUGAACCUCGAGCAGCUCGCCGCAGGAACCCCCGGCUUCUCCGGCGCCGAACUCGAGAACGUCAUCAAUCAAGCCGCCGUGCACGCCAGCAAAGCCAAGGCCCUCGCCGUCUCGAUGAAGGACUUCGAGUGGGCCAAGGAUAAGGUCAUGAUGGGCGCUGAGAAGAGGAGUAUGGUCAUCACGGAUAAGGAGAAGGAGAUGACUGCCUACCAUGAGGCGGGGCACGCGCUGGUGGGCAUGUUCACCAAGGGCGCGAAUCCGUUGCACAAGGUUACGAUCAUGCCGCGUGGACAGAGUCUGGGUAUGACUAUGCAUCUGCCGGAGAUUGAUAAGUAUUCUAAGACUAUGAGCGAGUACCGCGCUCACAUCGAUGUUUGUCUUGGUGGAAAGAUGGCGGAGGAACUCAUCUAUGGCGCUGAUCAGGUUACCAGCGGCGUUUCGGGCGACCUCGAAAGCGCAACCCAAAUCGCCUACGCCAUGGUAACCCAAUUCGGCAUGUCCGACCUCGCCGGCAACGUCGACCUAAACACAAACUACAACCACCUCUCCUCCGAAACCAAACAACUCAUCGAAUCCGAAGUCCGUCGCACAAUCGAAGAAGCGCGCCAACGCGCACACGCCUUACUAGUCGACAAACGCAAGGAGUUGGAUCUUCUUGCCCGCGCGCUGGUGAACUACGAGACCCUGGAUAAGGAGGAGGCGUUCAAGGUUAUUAGGGGAGAGAAGUUGGAGGGGAAACUACUCAUGCCAAGUGGGAGUAUUAAGAGGCCUGAGACGGGAGCGCCGGAGAAACCCCUAGCGCCGAUUCCGGGGAGUAAGGCGGCGGAUGCGCCUACUGAGCCGGAGCCGCCGAAGGGGGGGGUGAUGGCGUGAGUGUGUGGUGAUACCUACUACGUCGUUGUUUGGAUUUUGGCACGGCGGGAAAAGGGUGCUGAUAGUUCCAGACUUUGUGCCUUUAUAGCAACCACGCGGAUGCUAAAGGGGUACAAAGUUUGGAUUAUCGGCACUGUGCGUGCGGGCGGAAGGGGAGAAAGGAAGGGAUCACUGUUGCGGUAUAGCGAGGG